UUGACACCGAACGGUGAGGUAGGCUCUUUUUCUGUUUUCAGUCCUUAUUUAUCGUGAAAAUUACUCGAAUUUCGUGAUAUUCCGCCACAGUGGACACCAUUUUAAUGCCUAAAAUUUGCUGAGGCUUACAGCAGAGGGCAGUGUCGGGUCUCGUGAACAAGAGCGAUGGUAAUGGAGGCGUCCCCGUCCCCCUCCCCGCAGAGCGUCGGCCGCGAGUUCGUCCGCCAGUACUACACGCUGCUCAACAAGGCGCCCACACACCUCCACAGGUUCUAUAACAACUACUCGUCGUUCGUGCACGGCGGGCUGGACGCGCCGCACCGGGAGACCCUGCCCGUGGUCGGCCAGAAGCAGAUCCACAACCGCAUCCAGCAGCUCAACUUCCGCGACUGCCAUGCCAAGAUCAGCCAGGUGGACUCGCAGGCGACGCUCGGCAACGGCGUGGUGGUGCAGGUGACGGGCGAGCUGUCCAACGGCGGCGCCCCCAUGCGGCGCUUCACGCAGACCUUCGUGCUCGCCGCCCAGUCGCCCAAGAAGUACUACGUGCACAACGACAUCUUCCGCUACCAGGACCUCGUGGCGGAGGACUCUGAGCCGGGCUCGCCGUCCGAGCCGGCCGGCUACUUCCCGCCGCCGCCCUUCCCGCCCGCCUUCCCCGCGCCGCCGCAGGAGCCCUCGCCGCCCACGCUCAACGGCCACCAGCCCGACCAGCGCCUGCACGCGGCGGCCCCGGCCGCGGUGGCGGAGCCCGAGCCCGAGCCGGCGGCGCCGGUGGCGGCGGCGCCCGCUCCCGCGCCCGCGCCCGCGCCCGCACCCGAGCCCGCGCCGGAGCCCGAGCAGCCGCGCGAGCCCACGCCGCCGCCCGUCGUGCAGCAGCCGCAACCCGUGGUCCCGCCGGAGCCGAAGACGUACGCCAACCUGCUGAAGUCGUCCGCGCCCGCCCCCGCGCCCGCGCCCGCGCCCGCCGCCGUCCCGGCCCCCGCGUCCGCGCCCGCGCCGCAGGACCAGCGCCCGCGCGCACCUCGCCCGCCGAGGGACUCGCAGCCCAACGAAGGCAACCGCAACGAUCGCGGCGGGCGCGACAACGACCGCGACCGCGGCGACCGUGGCGGCGACCGCGACUCGCGCCGCUACUCCGACUCGCAGCAGCUCUUCCUCGGCAACGUGCCUCCCACCGCCACUGAGGAGGAACUACGGGCGCUGUUCUCGCGGUUCGGCCCGGUGGCUGAGCUCCGCGUGCUUGGGAGAGCCCCACACCCACAUUACGGCUUCUUGACGUAUGAGAGUGCUAAACACGCGCAGGACUGUCUCAGCGCGCAGCCGCUGUACUUCCCGGCGGACAGCCCGGACGGCGUGAAGCUGAACGUGGAGGAGAAGAAGGCGCGCGGCGCGGCGCCCCCGCGCGACCGCGACCGCGAGCGCUCCGGCGACCUGCCGCGCCGCCGCCCCUCCUCCGGCCACCGCGCCUUCCCCGCGCCCCCGCGCCAGCCCUACCGCCGCUAACGGUAC